AUGGAAUGGGAACCGCUAUUGGCUCUUAAUCGUUGGUAUGCUAUUCACGUGUCACAUGUAGACGACAGUCAAAUAUCCCUAACUGUAGACAACCAAGCACCAGUGAACUUCAAACUGCUGCCGCAAGUUAAAAACCGUUCGUUCAAACUCGCGGCGCCAGUUCAUCUCGGUUAUGCGCCAGAAAAAUUGCUUCGUUUCUCACUGGAUAAUGAAAUUUUCGCAGUGGAAUGGGAACCGCUAUUGGCUCUUAAUCGUUGGUAUGCUAUUCACGUGUCACAUGUAGACGACAGUCAAAUAUCCCUAACUGUAGACAACCAAGCACCAGUGAACUUCAAACUGCUGCCGCAAGUUAAAAACCGUUCGUUCAAACUCGCGGCGCCAGUUCAUCUCGGUUAUGCGCCAGAAAAAUUGCUUCGGUAUUUUAUUUUUUGA